AUGUUCCAUGGAAGAGAGUCAGAAAAAAGAAGUAGUUCUCAAGAAUCGAAAAAGACCAGUGAAAACGAAUUAAAUGAUGGGAAAGAUUCUGUUUUGUUAAAUCUCCAUGGAUCUCAUUUAUGUGCCCUGGAAGGCUCCCAGUGCUCUAGCUCGCUUAGGAUAUGCAUCUUGUCCAAGAAUUUUAUUAUAGAUAUGUCGCCACUUGGGAGCUGUACAAAAUUAGUGAAAUUGGAUCUCCAUUCAAACCAGAUAAGAAUUGUACCGGAUAAGGACUUUUGGGGUGAAAUGAAGGAAUUAAAGCUUCUCUAUCUUCACGAUAAUUCAUUUGUAAAACUAAAGAAUGUGUGUUCGUUAUCUGGCUGCCCAAACCUGAUUGCCCUCACUCUGUACGACUGCCCAGUGAACCUCAAAAAAGGUUAUAGACAUGUGGUGGUUAAUAGUAUAUGGUCACUCAAAAUCCUGGACCAUUAUGUGAUUUCUGAUGAAGAAGUAAUUGAGAACUGGCCUCUUCCUGAGAGAUUCAAAGCACUUAACAGACGGCUUUUCUGUGAUAUCACCCCAGUGGUGGUCAAGGACACAAACUAUGAGAAGGAGGUGGACCAGGUGAAUUGCGUUAUUUCCAAAAUAAAUGAAAUCGUUGCUCACAAUUCACCAGUUGUGAUACUCCAAAGAUGGAUACGGGGACAUUUGACUAGAAGAAUGUGGACCAAACCUUACUUUAAAUGGUUACUAAGCAAACCUGUUAUUAUUCCUCAGAAAAUAUCCAUUAAGGUACCAAAGGAAACUGAUGGAAAAUACACAACAAAGGAGGAUGAGAAGUCAGAUAAAGAGACUGAAGAAGAAAAGCUGACUUCGCCUGAAAGCAAGGCUGAGACCGUCCCCGAGGGGCCAGGGGUUCCCAGACUACAUGGCAUAUCUUCAUCCAGACACAACGCCCUCAUUUCCUGCGCCUUAUCAGAACUACGGAAAAAAGAGUCCCCGCAGCAGUUCCCGAAGUUCAAGCACAGGAAAGUUACUAAGGUCUCAGAAGAAGAAGAGACGGUACAUCAAGAAAUGGGCCUUAAUUUUAGAAUGCCAGUGAUCAAAGUUCCUAUGUCUCUACCACCCAUGUAUACGUAUUCUUCAAAACCUAAAGAGAUAAGACAAGAAAUCCACCACCGUCCAGUUUACCGAUUAUGUCAUUUCGUUGAUAGCCAGUCCAAAUUUAAAAUUAGCCAUCGAUUGGAAAGAGAUAAGAAGAAAGAGCCUACUGGACCACGUGGCACUGUUGACUUUGCCCCAUUUUAUAGCAUUGAUAGACAGUAUAAAAACAGGAAAAAGAUGGAAAACUUCCAAAAUAAAAAACAAUUUGUAGCCAUGAUCCAUUUUGCUGAUGAAAUGGCUAAUGAGAAUCUUCAAGAAUAUAUUCAAGAGAAAAAUUACUUUAUUAAAAAAAGAAAUAAAGACCAAAGCAAGAAAAUUAAAGAAAGUUUGCAAAAGUUUCAAGAGACCACAUCAAAACUGAUGGAAAAAUUCCAAGACAAGAGCAGUUUCUUUGUAGAAGUAGCCAAAUUCAAAGCAGAAGAGCGUCUGAUGGUGGAAGAUAUAAGCAAUCAGCUCACCACGCUGACCACAGAGCUGUUCAGGUUUGAUAGAUACAAGAGGAAACAAGACAUUGUGAAGAAGAACAAGGCCAUCGUGAAGGACAUCAAGGAAAUGGAUAAAAGUCGUAAGGAAUUAGUGAAAAAAAUGAAGACAGGGAGGAUCAAAGCCAUACAUAAAAGACAUCUAGAAGAGAAAUCAAUUAUUCAUACCAUUGCUGCUCAGAAGGCUGCUGAUAGAUUUCAAGAAGCCAAGGACAAAGUGUCUGCCAUGAAAAGUCAUCGUGUUCAUGUGAACAUCCCUUAUGGACACCCAAGGAAUUCUUUCCUUUCUAGCUCAUUCACAUUCUUGAAGUGA